AUGUACAUCAAGUCCAUUAUCAUUGAAGGGUUUAAGUCCUACGCCCAGAGGACGGAAAUCAACGGCUUCGAUCCGCUUUUCAACGCGAUCACAGGACUCAACGGCAGUGGAAAGUCUAAUAUCCUUGACUCGAUAUGUUUCCUCCUGGGCAUCUCCAACCUAUCACAUGUGCGAGCCUCCAACCUGCAGGACCUUGUGUACAAAAAUGGACAAGCUGGCAUCACUAAAGCAACAGUUUCUAUUACUUUUGACAACUCCAACAAAAGCCAGAGUCCUCUGGGGUUUGAAACCCACGAUGAAAUCACAAUCACCAGACAGGUGGUCAUCGGUGGCAGGAACAAGUACCUUAUCAAUGGAGUUAACGCCAACAACACCAGAGUGCAGGACUUGUUCUGCUCUGUCGGCCUUAAUGUUAACAACCCUCAUUUCCUCAUCAUGCAGGGGAGGAUCACCAAGGUUCUAAACAUGAAGCCACCAGAGAUUCUGGCAAUGAUUGAGGAGGCAGCAGGCACCAGGAUGUAUGAGUGUAAGAAGAUCAGCGCCCAGAAGACGAUUGAGAAGAAGGAAGCCAAGCUAAAGGAGAUUCAGACUAUUCUGGAUGAGGAAAUUACUCCAACAAUGCAAAAACUGCAAGAAGAACGAUCCUCCUAUUUGGAAUACCAGAAGCUGAUGCGUGAGAUCCAGCACUUGUCCCGCCUCUAUGUGGCCUGGCUGUUCGUUUGUGCUGAGGAGACCAAAAUGAAGUCUGCAGAGAACCUGAAGGUGAUGCAGGAUAAUAUCUGCAAGAUGCAAGCCAACAUGGCCGAGAACGAGAUUAAAAUCCAGGAGCUCUCAGCUCAAAUUCAGGAGCUGCAGAAGAAAAGAGACCAGGAAGUGGAUGGAGUUUUAAAAACCCUGGAGGGAACUCUUGUUGAUGCCCAGCGUGUGGAUGCUAAAGCUCAGAGCGCGCUUGACUUAAAAAAGCAAAACCUCAAAGACGAAACCAAGAAGAGAAAGGAACUUGUGAAGAGCAUGGAAGAGGAUAAGAAAAUGCUCAUGGUGAAGGAAAAAGAGGUUUCCAAACUGGCUGAGCAGCUGCGGGCUAUUCAGGAGGAGGGACAGAAGGACAGCGCCGCCCUGGAGGCUGCUGAGCAGCACUUCAGAGCCGUGUCGGCCGGUCUGUCCUCCAACGAGGACGGCAAGGAAGACACGCUCGCCGGGCAGAUGAUGGCGUGCAAGAACGACAUGAGCAAAGCAGACACCGAGGCCAAGCAGGCCCAAAUGACCCUGAAGCACGCCCAGGCUGAGUUAAAAUCCAAACAGGCUGAGGUGAAGAAGAUGGACAGCGGCUACAAGAAAGACCAGGAUGCUCUGCAGGCCGUCAGAAGCAGCAGGGAGAAGCUGCAGGCCGAGCUAGCCAAACUUAACUACGAAGAUGGAAAGGAAGAAAGUCUGCUGGAAAAUCGGAGGCAGCUGUCCAGAAAGGUCUCUCAGCUCAAGGAGACCUACGAGCGGCUCAUGUCCCGCUUCCCCAACCUGCGCUUCGACUACAAGGAUCCGGAGCGUGGGUGGGACCGCAGCAAGGUGAAGGGGCUGCUCGCCAACCUGAUCACAGUUAGCGACGUCACCUACGCCACAGCGCUGGAGGUUGUUGCUGGAGGCAGACUGUACAACAUUGUUGUUGAUACAGAGGUGACUGGUAAAAAGCUCCUGGAGAAGGGAGAGCUGCAGCGCCGUUACACCAUCAUCCCCCUGAACAAGAUCUCUGCCAAGACGCUUAACGACAAAGUGAUCAACACCGCAAAGAGCCUGGUUGGGCAGGAUAACGUUCACACAGCUUUGUCCCUGGUGGGCUAUGAAGCGGACCUGCGGAAAGCCAUGGAGUACGUGUUUGGGUCCACUCUGGUCUGCGACACCCUGGACAACGCCAAAAAGGUGGCCUUUGACAGGCAGGUGAUGACGAAGACGGUCACUCUAGGAGGGGACAUCUUCGACCCUCAGGGAACCCUGAGUGGAGGUGCUCGCUCUCAGUCGGCGUCCAUUCUGGCAAGCCUGCAGGAGGUGAAGGACGUCCAGGACGAGCUGGACGAGAAAGAGGCCCAGCUGCAGGACGUCGAACGACAGCUGGCCGGCCUUAAAGGAACCGCCGAGAAGUACCGGCAGCUAAAGCAGCAGCACGAGCUGAAGGUGGAGGAGGAGCAGAUCCUGCAGGCCAAGGUGCAGCAGAGCUCCUUCCACCAGCAGCAGGAGGAGCUGGAGAGGCUGCGCAAGGCCAUUGAGGAGAGCGAGGAGACUCUGCGCAUCACCAAGGAGGUACAGAAGCGGGCCGAGGAGAAAUAUAAGGUGCUGGAGAACAAAAUGAAAAAUGCCGAGGCGGAGAGGGAGAAGGAGCUGAAAGCAGCCCAGCAGAAACUGAACACAGCCAAGGCCAAAGCAGACGCCUUCAACAAGAAGCUGAAGCUAAAGCAGCAGGAGUCUGACGCUGUGGCCCUGGAGCUGGAGGAGCUGCAGAGGGAGCAGGCUGGCUACGAGCAGCAGAUCCAGGCGGUGGACGAGGCCAUGAAGGCCAUCCAGGAGCAGAUCGACAGCAUUGCUUGUACCGUGUCCCAGAACAAGGAGGCUGUGCGAAAGGCCCAGGAGGAGGUGACCAAACAGAAGGAAGUGAUCAUGGCUAAAGACAAAAACCUCAAGGAGAAAAGCACAGAAGUCAACAGGAUCAGGGAGAAGAACAACGAAGCCCAGCUGAAGAUUAAGGAGCUGGAACACAACAUCAACAAGCAUCACAAAGAGAGCCAGGACGCCGCUGACAAGGUUAGUCGGAUGCUGGAGGAACACGACUGGAUCCAUUCGGAGCGGCAGUUCUUCGGCCAGCCCAACACAUCCUACGACUUUAAGACCAACAACCCCCGCGAAGCGGGUCAGCGCUUGAAGAAGCUGGAGGAGACCACAAGCAAGCUGGAAAGGAACGUCAAUAAGAGGGCCAUGAACAUGCUGAAUGAGGCGGAGGAAAGGUACAACGAUCUGAUGAAGAAGAAGAGAAUCGUAGAGAACGACAAGGCUAAGAUCCUGCAGACCAUCAAGGAGCUGGACCAGAAGAAGAAUGAGGCUCUGAACCUGGCGUGGCAGAAGGUAAACAAGGACUUUGGCUCCAUCUUCUCCACCCUGCUGCCCGGAGCCACGGCCAAGCUGGCUCCUCCUCAGGGAUGUGGCGUCCUGGACGGCCUUGAGUUUAAAGUGGCCUUGGGCGACACCUGGAAGGAGAACCUGACUGAGCUCAGUGGGGGCCAAAGGUCCCUUGUUGCUUUGUCUCUCAUCCUGGCCAUGCUGCUUUUCAAACCGGCUCCUAUCUACAUUUUGGACGAGGUGGACGCAGCUCUGGACCUGUCUCACACACAGAACAUCGGACAGAUGCUGCGUACACAUUUCACACACUCACAGUUUAUUGUGGUGUCCCUAAAAGACGGCAUGUUCACAAACGCCAACGUCCUGUUCAAGACCAAGUUUGUCGACGGCAUGUCCACGGUGUCGCGGACUGCACUGAGCCAGAGCGACGCCAACGUUCCCCUUAAAAGCCAAGACAAGAUUCGUCAGAAGGACAAGAGGAAUAAACAGAUCAUCAGCUGAAGUGCUGCUUUUUCUGCCUAAUCCACACGUCUUUGUCUCCUAUUAGAAAUCCUGGAUAAAUGUUCCUUAUUUUCUAUCCAGUGUUUAGCUUUUCGCUCCUUUUUAUAUAUGUGCAUCUGAUAGCUCUCUAUGUAUUUUUUUUGUAAAUAAAAUGGGUCAAACUCUAA